AAAACACAGAGCAAAGAAAAAACAGAGGAGGUUGAUUCUCUUUGGCAUCUCCGAAUCGAAUCUGAGAAGAGAAGAGGAAGAAAAACGAAGAUCGAUGUUCGAGAGGGAAUUAGAUGCAUGAAGUUGGAUUAUUUGUGGAUCUGAAUUCCUUCACGCAGCUUAUAUUGACGCUCUUCUUUGUCUCUAUCGGUCUUCUCUACUUUGUUAAAAGAACGGCAGCCAAGUACUUCGAGGUCGGUGGUGGCUCCGGUGGUUUCGAUAGAGACCAUCGCCGAGAUUUCAUGGUUUCCGACACGGCUGAAUGUUCUGUCUGUGGGAAGGCUACUACCAAAAAGUGCUCUCGCUGCAAAUCUGUGAGAUACUGGGCUUUGGGAUUUGAUUUAGAUGUAGCUGGAGAUAGAAUUGGACCAAUUGUUUAGCUCGUGCUUCCAUUCUCUGCGGCAUGCCAAACGUCAGAUUGGAAAUCAGGACAUAAACUAAAAUGCAAGGGGUUUCGGAGUACUGACUCAUCACCAGUGAGAAGAGAUGAUAUCGAUUUCGAAGCUUCUCUGUUUGGGAAUAGAUCUGCUUCUAAGAAGACUAGGAUUGCAUUGGUUCCUCAACAGAGCCAAAGCAAAGCUACCCUCAAGCCAACAGAUGUUCUUUUCCCAUACGAAAGUUUUGUUAGAUAUUAUAACUGGGACAGACCAAUAAUGGCUCCUUGUGGGCUCACCAAUUGUGGAAACAGUUGUUUCGCUAAUGUGGUUCUACAAUGCCUUUCCUGGACACGCCCUCUUGUUGCUUACCUUCUGGAGAGAGGCCACAAAAGAGAAUGUAGGCGAAAUGAUUGGUGCUUCUUAUGCGAAUUUGAAAAUCAUCUUGACAGAGCAAACUAUAGCCGGUUUCCUUUUUCACCAAUGAACAUUAUCUCGCGGCUGCCUAAUAUUGGUGGAAAUCUUGGGUAUGGGAGACAGGAGGAUGCUCAUGAGUUGAUGAGGUUUGCAAUUGAUAUGAUGCAAUCUGUUUGCCUCGACGAAUUUGGUGGAGAAAAAGUGGUGCCUCCUCGCGCCCAAGAGACAACACUUAUUCAAUAUAUAUUUGGUGGUCUCCUUCAGUCACAGGUCCAGUGUACUGCUUGCAGUAAUGUUUCUGACCAAUAUGAAAAUAUGAUGGAUUUAACUGUUGAGAUCCAUGGGGAUGCGGUAUCAUUGGAGGAAUGUCUCGAUCAGUUUACAGCUAAAGAAUGGCUUCAGGGAGAUAACUUAUACAAAUGUGAUAGAUGUGAUGACUAUGUGAAAGCAUGCAAGCGCCUUUCAAUUCGUUGUGCUCCAAAUAUUCUUACAAUUGCCUUAAAAAGAUUCCAGGGUGGGAGAUUCGGUAAACUGAACAAAAGAAUUAGUUUUCCUGAGACAUUUGAUCUAGGCCCUUACAUGAGCGGUGGAGGAGAAGGAUCAGAUGUAUACAAACUCUACGCUGUGAUUGUUCAUCUAGAUAUGUUGAAUGCUUCAUUUUUCGGCCAUUACAUAUGCUAUGUCAAGGACUUCCGUGGAAACUGGUAUAGAAUAGACGAUUCUGAGGUGGAAAAGGUUGAACUAGAAGAUGUCCUUUCUCAACGAGCAUACAUGCUCCUCUACAGCAGGGUUCAGCCCAGACCAUCAAAUCUUAGAUCCGAAGAAAGUCAAGAUGAGAAGAAAACAGAUACAUUGAACACAGAAUCUAACCAAGAUGGCUCUGUUGAGAGUUCCGGGGUGGGAACAAAUGACACAAGUGUGUCCUCGCUGUGUAACGGCAUCAUCUCACAUUCAGAAGACCCUGAAUACGAAAAAGAAUCAUCAUUGUCAGCAUCCGUACCAGUCUCUGAAGAAGGAAAGGAAGUUGACGUAAAGGUUGAUACAGUAGAUUCUGAAUCAAACCGUUCUAUUGACAUGGAACAUGAUUCUGGAACAGAUCAUCAAGAAGAAGAAGCAAAUGGGAAAGAAGAUCCAACGGUUGAAAAUCUGGCUGUUGAUUCUUCUUGUUUGGACAUUACUACUCCAUCUCCAUCUGCUGCUACAGAGUUCAUACCUCAGGAGAACGAACGUUCAGACACCGAGUCCAAACCUCUGGAGAAAGAACAUUCAGACACCGAGUCCAACAAACCGCUGGAGAAAGAACAUUUAGACAGCGAGUCCAAACCCCUGGAGAAAGAACAUUCAGACACCGAGAUGAUCGAUGCUCAAUGAUUCUAAAGGGAUGGUGGUGGAAUCACAAACAUUUUUCAUGGCUCUUGAAAAUCAACAAGGGCGCUUCUAACUUAACAAUAAUGCUGCAAAAAAAUUGCUUUAGACACUGCAAUUUCUGGUGUCUGAAGGAUAUAUAGAAUUUGUUGGAUCCUGGAGUUUUCCAUAUCUAGAAGAAAUUUUUAGGGUUCGUACUGGUGAGAACUAUAGAGCUUACAAAGCCAGGAUUGGUACUUUAUUAGUCAUAUGAGAUAGAAACUUCAGGAUCGGUUAAGUUAUUCUUUUGAUUUUUAUUUCUCUGUUAAAAUACAAUUGAACCCAAAAGCUCUCAUAGCUUGAAAGACUAAUGGAGGACCACAUUGUCAACUUUGUGGUUGAUUCAAGUUAUUUUGUUUGUUUGUUCGGC